AUGGCAUUGCAGUGGAUGAUACUCACCUAUGUGGUGGCUAUUGAAGCUGCUAUAGCGAUUCUUCUAACCCUUCCAUCACCGAAGCUCUUGAGGAACCGUUUGAAUUCUCUGAUUUCACUCAUUCUUCAACCUGCGCUGUUCAUUGUUCCAUUUGCUGGGUUUCAGCUCCUAGACAUAUACUGGAAGAAUGAGCAUAGGUUGUCGUGUACCUCUGAUGUUUGUACAGCUGCUGAGAGAGAUCGAUAUGAGAAAACUACAUACAAAGCUCAGAGAAACGUGAUACUGUGUAUUUCAGCAUGUCUUCUCUACUGGUGUAUAUACCGGAUUUGCAAGUUUCAGAAAGAUAUUGAAAGUUUGGAGGAAGUUGAGAAGAGAAUCAAGUCUAAGUAG